GACAGGCAGCUCAGCGCUUCUCGCGGCUGCUGCUGCUGCUGCUGCUUCGGCAGCGAUGUGCGCCUGAGCUGCCGCUCUGCCAGCCGGAUUUCCCCGAAGCCGCUUCUGCGCUCCUCCGGCGGAUGUCCCUGGAGCCUCGAGCGGCGCCGAAGAAAAAAUCUCUUCCUCAUCAUGACAGGAUUGCUAAAACGGAAACAUGAUGAAUUGGAAGAUGUUUCAUACAUCUCCACUUCAUCUUCGUCUUCUACUUUCUCAUCUUCCUCAGCUUUGUCAAGUUGGGAAUCGGACGAAGAAAACUCUCAAGGAGGCCUCCAGCCCUCUGUGGCCUUAAACAUGGAUUUCACCCCCACGUCCAUCCUGAAAAAAAACAAGCGGCAGAGGCGGAACAACGUCAAUUUCGACCGGGUCACCGUCUUCUACUUCCCGCGUUGCCAAGGAUUCACCUCCGUGCCUAGCUGUGGGGGCUGCACCCUGGGGAUGGCCAAGAGGCAUGGCUUCUCCCAGGAGUUCACUAUGUCGGAGUUUUGCGAACAGCAGAAUAUUGUCCGGCGUGAGAAGAUGAAGGACAAGCUGAAAGAAGAGAAACUGAAAGCCAUUAAAUUGAAACUGACCAUGAAUGGCAAGAAGCUGAUGAAGGAAGUCAGCCAGCUGACCACAGAGGACAUCUUGGUGGACGAUGAGGACAUCAGCCACAUGGAUCUGAGCAGCAGCUUCCUCCUCCAACCUUACACCACCAAGAAGAGAUGUGCCUUGCUCAAGUCCAUGGGAGUCAAGAAGAUUGAUAGGGAGGAGAAGUGGCAGUUGCAAAGGAUUCGUCUUUCUCGGGAAAAGUGUGGCUGUGACUGCCAGGGGUUUUGUGACCCCGAAACCUGCAGCUGCAGUUUGGCAGGAAUUAAGUGCCAGAUGGAUUACACUUCCUUUCCUUGUGGGUGCACUAGGGAUGGUUGUGGGAAUACAGAGGGGAGAACCGAGUUCAACCAAUCUCGGGUGCAGACGCAUUUCCUCCAUACGCUCAUGAGGCUGCAAAUGGAAGAGAACCAGCGAAACUGUGAUGAGCAUCUUGAGUCUGAGCUACAUUUCAGGGACCAUCUUCACCCGUUUGCCCAUCCGGUCGACAAGGCCGCCUAUGAAGAAAGACCCGUCUCGCUGAUGUCCAUCUUCAAGUUCAGCACCACCUUGGAGACCGUCGGCGAGAACAGCUGCAGUAGCAACAUGACCGACUCAUCGGUAUCAACCAACCAGAGUGAGGAUUUGGAAGAAAUGUUCGAAACUAAUCCAAAGUCACAAUCGGACAUCGAUGACAAUGGCCUGGCUCGGAUCCUCCACUUCAACGAUUCGGAUGGAGAAGAAGACAUCAAUAGCGUCGGCCACUGCCAGGAUAAUCUGAGUUCUUUCGACCCUUCCGAUUUCUUCAGCGUGCAUGUGGAAAACGAGUGUGCUACCAACCCUGUUGAAGAGAUAGGCUUCGGCAGUGGUUUUGGCUAUUUAACAAAUAUCGGUGAAUGUUUGGAUGAGAAUGCCAAUCAGGGACCAAGCGGUGUCCUUGAGGACAUCUCCGCUGGACAAGUCGAAGAAAGUGCCAGCUAUUCCCCAUCUUCCUUUGAAGAGCAGGACUCCAGGAGCUACAUGGACCUGAGUUUUUCCUCCGACCCUUUGGAUUUUUUCCACCCCUUUCCGGAUUACAACCUGGGACCUCUGUAUAACUCCUUGAGGGAGUAUGAGAAUGUGGACAACUGUACAGUUUUGCCAAAUCUCCCCAGCUUGUCUCAACCUGCCGAUCAGAACAGCUGCUUUCUGGAGUCCUUGAUUGGGUUGUCUGAAUCCAUCCCAGAAAUCCCUGCACCUUUUUCAGACAACCAGCUUCUUCUCGAAGAUGCCAUUAAAUCAUCUCUAGUGGAGACCAUGAAGGUUUAAGUUUUUAUACUUUUUUUUUCCCCAAUGCGUGUGAAAGGAAAAAGCGGACAGUUUCUUGUUUCCCUAUGGUGAAUAAACAUUCCUUUUCUGUGAGAUGCUGGAAAGAAGAUCUUUCUAAGCAGAUAAAUCAAUAUUGUUUUAUUUUGGACACUUUGUGGAGGAAAAAAAAAAGUGCUAAAGAUUUUUAUUUUAUUUUUGUUUUUUUUUACUAUUUGUGAAAAACCUUUUGAGAUCUUAAUGGCAUUUCAUGGGGGUGGGGUGGAAGGCGAAUUUUGCAAAUCCAAACUCAAUUUUCUUGCAUUUUGUAUAAGGGGAGAUGGGGAGACUUUGUAUAUCUUUAAGUUUGUGGAUUGCCCAGCACCUUCUGCAGACAUGCUGAAAUGUUUGUGGACAUUUUUUCGGCAAUUGCUCUGUGAGUUACAGAAGUAUAUUUAUUGUGCAAAUGAUUUGCUAUUGAUGAAAUGGGUAAACGUUUACAACCGGGGAAAUAAUUAUAUUAUUUGCAUUAUUUCUUUACUCCCCUAUUUAUUACAAAGGAUCACCCAUUUAAACAAGCUUCAACAAAGUAUGGGACUUUAUUUAAAAUAGUGAUAGCUUAUAUAUUAUGUACAAUCAUUUUCGUUUUGCAUAAUAUAUAUUAUUUAUUUGUCAAAGGCUUCUUGGUUAGGCUGUGGUCAGUUAAGGUGCUGAAAGGGAAAGAGAGAUAUAUUUGGCAGACCAGCCCUUGAGGAUUUAUUUUGCAUUAGGUAUCCCCUUACUUGGUCUCCCCUUCGCCUCUUUUGGAUUGAACACCAAGAUGAUGACCCUUUAAGCUGUAUC